AUGAAGUUCCAACACCAGGGAGCUGUGGAGCUGCUCAUCUUCAAUUGUCUGCUCAUCCUGACCAUUUUGACCAUCUGGUUAUUUAAAAAUCAUCGUUUUCGAUUCCUGCAUGAGACCAGAGGAGCGAUGGUGUAUGGUCUUAUUAUGGGAUUAAUCUUAAGAUAUGCCAUGGCACUAACUGAUAUUGAAAGUGGAACUGUGUAUGAUUGUGGACAACUGGCCUUUAGUCCAUCAACUCUGCUGAUUAAUAUCACUGACCAAGUCUAUGAAUAUAAAUACAAGAGAGAAAUAAGCGAGCACAUCAGCCCUCACCAAGGCAAUGCCAUACUUGAAAAGAUGACAUUUGACCCAGAAAUGUUCUUCAAUGUCCUACUGCCACCAAUUAUAUUUCAUGCAGGAUAUAGUCUGAAGAAGAGACACUUUUUUCAAAACUUAGGAUCUAUUUUAACAUAUGCCUUCCUGGGAACUGCCAUCUCCUGUAUUGUCAUAGGGUUAAUUAUGUAGGGCUUUGUAAAAGCUAUGGUAUAUGCUGACGAGUUGAACGAUGGAGACUUCCAUUUCACUGAUUUGUUUUUUGGUUCACUGAUGUCGGCAACAGACCCAGUCGACCAGUUGGCCAGUUACUAUGAUGUGCAUUGACCACCAGGGGUGAAUUUUAUCCUGUUUGGCCAAUGUGAAAUUAGAGAAAUAGUGUAAAUGGUGAUUACCUAUUCUAUAUCCAUUUACAGUCCCAAGGAGAAUCCAAAUGUAUUUGACGCUGUGGCAUUCUUCCAGUCCAUGGGGAAUUUCCUGGGGAUCUUUGCUGGCUCCUUUGCAAUGGGGUCUGCGUGUGCUGUUGUUACUGCACUGUUGACCAAAUUUACCAAACUGCAUGAGUUCCCCCUGCUGGAGACAGGCCUGCUCUUCCUCCUGUCUUGGAACUCCUUCCUGUCUGUGGAGGCUGCAGGCCUCACAGGUGUGGUCAGUAUCCUUUUGUGGACCAUGAAGUUUUUCAUCACUGCCUUGAUCUUACUGUUGUUUGAAUUUAUGAACUUCUUGGCUGAGAAUGUCAUCUUAUACUACAUGGGUCCGGCAUUGUUCACAUUCCAGGAUCAUAUCUUUAAUGCCCUUUUCAUACUUGGAGCCUUUCUGGAGGAAAGAGAAAAUGGGAAGAUCACCAUCCAUCUCCAGUCUUGUCUGCGAGGAGCCAUAGCAUUUGCCUUAGCUAUUCAGGACACAGGAUCUCAGCCCAAACAAAUGAUGUUCACCACCACACUGCUGCUUGUGUUCUUCACAGUCUGUGUGUUCGGAGGAGGGACGACCCCCUUGCUGACUUGGCUUCAUAUCAGGUUAGGAGCACUGUUUAAGGGAGGAUACCUGAGGAGGCAUGGCUGCGCAGUUCCAGUUUGUAGUUGCUGA